CCCCAAUGCGCUCCUGCAUAGUGGAUCUUCCUUAGAGCAGCGCCCAGGCGAUCGGACCCUGGCCUCAGCUUAUAAAGCGAACGUAGAGGCUGACGCGAACCCUGUGCCCAUGCCGGCCGGCGCGCUCGGAGGCAGGAACUUCCUGCCCACUGCUAGCCGCUCCCACUCUCGGCGCGCGCGCGCAGCCGGUAGAAGUGUGACUGAGCAAGGCGCUGUCAGUAACUUUCCGUCUCUGUGAAUGGAGCAACCAAAACGACUUCUCGCAGAGUUGCAGAAGGUGCAAAUGCGCCAUUAACUAAUUCUGCGUAAAGUUCCACUCACCCCGCAAGAGAUGUCCCGUCACUCACUCCUUAGGACCUGCCCACUCCUAAGAGGAAGAAAGCAACUAAGAGAAAGUUUGAGGAUGCAAGUUCCGGGAAGCUGUGGCCACGGCGCAGAGGGCGGGCGGCCCAACGGGGUGGGGCUCCGUGCUGUGUUCCCGGUUCUGGUGCUGAUCCUGGGGCUCACGCUGCUCACCGCAGGUUUUCUGGAAGUGGAGAUGGCAGGGAGGACUCAGAUGGUUUUCCUGAAUGAAAAUGCGACUAUCUUUUGCAAGAUCCCUGGUUUCCCACACCUGGACAUCAACAGUAUGGGUAUCACCUGGUUUCGGAAGGCUCAAUUGUCUGAAAUAGAGAUCAAACUGUUUGAAUUUUUUGGAGACCACAAAGUAGCAUUCCGACCUGGAGCCAACGUGUCUCCAUGGAGGCUGAAGAGGGGGGAUGCCUCACUGCAGCUGCCUGGGGUCCAACUGUGGGAAGCAGGAGAGUACCGAUGUGAGUUGGUGGUCACUCCUCAGAAAGCACAGGGGAGAGUCUGGCUGGAGGUUGUAGCUCACCCAGUCAGUAGCUUGUUUCUGGAGCGAGCCGUGGUGAAAGAUAAUGAAGACAGACAUAUUUUGUGUAAGUCAAGUGGAUUCUACCCAGAGUAUAUUAACAUAACAUGGAAAAGGUGGACCCAGAAGGAUCCCCAGUUCCAGGAGAUUUCUGAGGACGUUAUCACUGGCCCCACCAUGAAGAAUGAGGAUGGUACAUUUAAUAUCACCAGCGACUUGAGGCUGAAGCCCUCUCUGGAAGACAAUGUGACCAUCUACCAGUGUGUGGUAUGGCAUGUAUCCUCACUCAUGUGCCAGAGUUUCAACUUCACCCCGAUUCUGAUAGAAUCUGAGAAGAAAACUGACUCGUGGAUUGUUUCGUUGUGUAUUGGAUUAAUCUCUGCUGGACUGAUCGUAUUAAUUUUAUUUUUAUGUUUUUUUCUUUGGAAAAGAAGCCUGCUGGAGGGUGAGAGACACCGGAAUCAGAGCCUGCUAGAGGAUGAGAGACCCUGGAAGCUGGAGCUAGUUGCUCUAGUGGAGGCCAGUCUGGAUCAGAUGACAGCCACCGGACAUCUCAAAGGAAACAUCCUGACCAGGCCCACCUGUGAAUGACUGCAGGAAGGAAGAAAUUAACACAUACCCUCUGGAAGCUGACAGGAACCAGGACAUGUUUGACUUUACCCCCUCCCC